UUUACACCUGUGCAGCUGAUUGGGCAUUCUGGUCGUUCCGGUAAAAUGGCAGCGGUGAGAGCUUUAAGGAGCUGCAACCGGUCAUUGGGCCGCUGGGUCGGCUUGCGUCAGCUGGGGUCCUGCGGGCAAAUUCGGAUACUGAGGUCUUCAUUCCCGCGGAAGACACCAUGUAGGCACCUACAACAGAUACCACACAGAUCCUUAAGAACAACUGCAGUCCUAAAUGGCCAGAUUGUGCAAUUUAAGCUUUCAGACAUUGGUGAAGGGAUCACAGAAGUUACAGUGAAAGACUGGUAUGUGAAAGAAGGUGAUUCUGUAUCUCAGUUUGACAGUAUCUGUGAGGUACAAAGUGACAAGGCCUCUGUUACAAUCACCAGCCGCUAUGAUGGUGUUAUCAGAAAGCUGCAUUACAAUGUGGAUGACACUGCUUAUGUUGGAAAACCUCUGGUGGACAUUGAGACAGAUGCUUUAAAAGAUGUGGCCCCUGAGGAAGAUGUGGUGGAAACCCCUGCUGUAUCUCAUGAUGAGCACACACACCAGGAGAUAAAGGGACAUAAGACUUUAGCAACUCCAGCAGUUCGACGGCUAGCAAUGGAGAACAAUAUAAAACUAAGUGAGGUAGUGGGCAGCGGGAAGGAUGGUCGUAUCCUUAAGGAAGACAUUCUUAGUUUUCUAGCCAAGCAGACUGGGGCUAUUCUGCCACCUUCCCCUCAGAUGGAGAUCACUCCUCCACCCCCAAAGUUAGAGACCUCAACACAACAACAAAAGGCCAAAGCUGCUAGUAUUCCUGCUCCUAUGAUCAAACCAGUUGUGUUUACUGGAAAGGAUGUCACUGAACCUUUAAAAGGUUUCCACAAAGCCAUGGUGAAAACUAUGUCAGCAGCAUUAAAGAUUCCUCACUUUGGGUACUGUGAUGAAGUGGACAUGACAAAUCUUUCUCGGCUUAGAGAGGAUCUGAAGCCCUUGGCUGAGUCUCGUGGCGUCCGCCUGUCCUUCAUGCCCUUCUUUUUAAAGGCAGCCAGUCUUGGACUGAUGCAGUUCCCGAUACUGAACUCGUCUGUUGAUGAAAAUUGCCAAAACAUUACAUACAAGGCUGCUCAUAACAUUGGAAUUGCUAUGGAUACCCACCAAGGCCUGAUUGUCCCUAACGUAAAGAAUGUACAAGUCCGAAGCAUCUUUGAGAUUGCUGCAGAACUUAACCGGUUGCAGUCUUUAGGGUCCACUGGGCAGCUUGGAGCGGGAGACUUGACUGGGGGAACAUUUACCCUUUCCAAUAUUGGAUCUAUUGGUGGCACAUAUGCCAAGCCUGUAAUAUUACCUCCUGAAGUGGCAAUUGGAGCCAUUGGAAAAGUGCAGGUUCUCCCAAGGUUCGAUUCUAAAGGACAGGUAGUGAAGGCUCAAAUCAUAAACAUCAGCUGGUCGGCAGAUCAUAGGAUUAUUGAUGGAGCAACCAUGUCCCGUUUCUCUAACCUAUGGAAAUCCUACUUGGAGAAUCCAUCCCUGAUGUUGCUCGAACUUAAGUGACAAAGAGGUGAACACGAUUCCUGUACUUCCCUCACUGACCACAAAAAAGGGACAUCAUCUUCUCUUCCCUUUGAAGAACUUUAACCAGCUUCCUUACCCUUAGGGGAGACCUAAGGCAAACAGCGAUCAGCCUUCUGUGAAGCUAGAAGGAUAUGAAGAAAGUGUUAGUAGGUAACAGAUAAUUUAUUAAAAAAAAACAAAAAUAUUGUCUGUCCAAUUAAACCAUUCAUUUGCCCCAUUGGAUAAUAAAAGCUUUGUCACAAUUGUAUUUCAUGUGGAGAAGGCACUACUAAUGGGACAUCAAAGUGAUAAACAUGUAUACAAAUAUUCUGUCUGAAAUUGGAAACAAAUUAAAGUUGCUGUAAAUUCCAAGGUACCUACCCAAUAUUAUAUGGUGCCACUGUAGUAUUUUAAUGUGAAAGAACACAUUGUGUGGGUGUGUUCCAGAAGUGCACAUAACAAUAAUUGUGUUGGGUUAACUGGUUACUGCUUUCUUCAAGUGUGGUAAAAAGUUGACAGAGGAUGUGUCUAAUUGGUGGGGACCCUCAGCCAGUUCUGCACUGUGCCUAACAGUUCUUACAAUAAGCUAAACAGAAAGCAUUUGUGAUUAGUGAAGUAUAAGCUGUGCUAUGAAGAUAUAGGUCAUUAUGCAAGGAUCUCUUAUAGGGGUUUCUGUCCAACUGUUACACUACAUAUUGGAUCAAUAGAUAAUGGCAUGAUUGUACUGAUUUAAUGUAGACUAGAACAAAUUUUAAUUUGCUGUCCUUGAAGCCAAAAACAGCCCCACUCUGUAAGUGCGAUACCGAACAGGACCGAAUAAAACUGAAAAAA